GUGUUCGGACUUUUCCCCGGACAGCAGCAACGAUGCGGACUUCUGCGCCAGUGCAACUGUUCUUGUCUGUUUUAUUCCUGUUUGGAUGCAAAGGCGCCGCUGGUUUCGCGUGCCCGAGGAUCUGCCGCUGUUUAUCUAACACCAUCAGGUGCAACAACGUGACAGAAGGCUCUACUCCGAUGAUGGGUCACAGAUAUAAAAGGCUGUUUCUCUAUCACUUGUCAUUUCGCACCAUUUCCAGCCAUUCUUUUGAAGGUUUGAUGGGAGUCCAGAGGAUUGAGAUUGCUCAGAGUGUAAGCCUGGAAACCAUUGAGACGCUGGCGUUUAAUAACCUCCUCAACGUCUCUGAAAUCUCAAUCCACAACACCAGGAAUCUGAUGCACAUUGGCAGAAGGACAUUUAAUAACCUUCCUAAACUACAUUACCUGAGCAUCUCAAACACUGGGAUAACACAUUUCCCUGACAUUACAUCCAUCCAUUCUCUUGAAUCAGAGUUCAUCUUGGACAUCUGUGACAACCCGUAUCUGUUGGAAAUACCUUCAAAUUCUUUCAAUGGAAUGACAAAGGGAUACAUCACAAUGAACCUGUAUAACAAUGGCGUCAAAGAAAUACACGACCAUGCCUUCAACGGAACAAAGAUAGAUAAGCUCGUGUUGAAGAAAAACCGAAACCUCAGAGUAAUCCACACAGACGCUUUCAAAGGAGCCAAAGGCCCUGGUGUCAUGGAUGUUUCUGCGACAGCUCUCGCACACUUACCAUCACAGGGGCUGGAGUCAGUUCUGGUGUUGCUGGCUCGGUCGGCAUACACCCUGAGAAGUCUGCCUCCUCUGCAGGGGCUGUGGAGCCUGCGAGAGGCCCAUCUCACCUACAACAGCCACUGCUGUGCACUGCUGAACUGGGAUGCACAAAGGGACUUCCCAGUUAAUCCUUGGACAAAUGGCUCUAAGUAUUGUGGUGACAGUGAUCCAUCAGCAAGGGCUCAAGCUGUCGACCUGACAUUUUUCCCAGAUUACGACCCGUUUGCCAGGAACGAAGGUUUUGGUGAUGUAAACUUCCUCUAUCCAGAGCUCGACUUCUGUCAGACACAGCCGAGUUUGACUUGCACGCCUGAAGCAGAUGCUUUCAAUCCCUGUGAGGACAUUGCAGGUUUCAGUUUUCUCAGAGUGGCCAUUUGGUUCAUCAACAUUCUAGCUAUCGCAGGAAACCUGUCAGUGCUCCUGGUUUUCUUCACCAGCAGAAGCAAGAUGACGGUGCCCCGCUUCCUUAUGUGCCACCUGGCCUUUGCUGACCUCUGCAUUGGGAUCUACCUUCUGAUGAUCGCGACCGUUGACCUGCGCACGCGCGGCUUCUACAGUCAGCACGCGAUUGAGUGGCAGACGGGGCCGGGCUGUAGUGCUGCAGGCUUCCUGUCAGUGUUUGGCGGUGAACUGUCCGUCUACACCCUCUCCGCCAUCACCCUGGAGCGUUGGCACACCAUCACUAAUGCUUUGCAGGUGGAGCGCCGCCUCACACUUUCACAGGCAGCAAGUAUAAUGGCAUUUGGUUGGGUCAUCUGUUUGGGGAUGGGGAUUCUGCCCCUGACUGGGGUGAGCAGUUACUCCAAAGUCAGCAUGUGCUUACCGAUGGACAUAGAGACACAUUUGGCCCAGGCCUUCAUCAUAAUUAUCCUGCUCUUCAACGUGGGCACCUUCAUCGUUGUGUGUGUUUGUUAUGUGCUGAUCUAUCUGGCUAUACAACACCCUGAAUUCCCCGGAAGAAGUGCGGACACCAAGAUUGCAAAGCGCAUGGCUGUGCUCAUCUUCACUGACUUCCUCUGCAUGGCACCUAUCUCCUUCUUUGCUAUCUCGGCUGCGUUCAAAGUCCCCCUCAUCACAGUCACUAACUCCAAGAUUCUGCUGGUGCUCUUCUUCCCCAUCAACUCUUGCGCCAAUCCGUUCCUCUACGCCAUCUUCACCAAGGCUUUCAGAAAGGAUGCACUUCAGCUCCUGAACACUGCGGGCUGCUGCCAAAGCAAGGCCCGCAUUUACCGCAUGCAGGCCUACUGUGCUGAAAACCCCGACGACAAAGGAGCCCUCGCAGGAGUGAGGCUGGCUGCCUUGCAGCAGCAGAGCCAUGAUGUGAAGGAGGAAGAUGAGCUCACCUGAAAUCAACAAGGCAAUGUCAGAGAAAUAUGGGCCACG